AUGAGAGAUGAAAACACAGACAAUGUUAAUAUGAAAAUAUGGUAGUUGAUGUUUCUAUAACAAAUAUCGUAGUCAUAUCAGAUUAUAUAUAUUUCCUAUCUCAUUUGGAAAUUCGAUCCUUUGUAUUUGAUGUCAUAAUAUUGGAUGCUUGAUAUUUUAAUGUUGACAGCCUUGGGAUUAUUGAAAAUAAAGUACAUUGUUAUUAAUGUAGAUUUAAAGCAAUUGUAAAUAAUUUGAUUAUGGACACUUUGAUUGGAAGUGUACUCAAAUUAUUACUUCUCAUUAAUGUUAAAUAUAAUUAGCAAUUCUAAAUUUAGUAUUUUAGCUAUGCAAUCAUGGCAUACUAUUUCAUUAGAGUACUUGUGUAGAAUAUUCGUAAAAUAUCCAACAAUCAAUAAAUAUCAUAAUAUUCAUUUGUAAACAUAUAUAUAAAUGAGAGAUUAUUUAAGGAAUCAAAUUGCUAUUUGUAUUGCAAAUCAUGCUAAUAACAAUGAAGCAUACAAAAACUAUAACUUGGAAUUGGUAUAGUGUAUUCAGCAUAUCCUGGGGAUUGUUGAUAAUUUCCUUCAUUGUUUAUUUUGUGUUCCUUCUCUCUAUGGGAGAAACCAUUAUGGAUUACGUGAGAAAUCGAACUACAAAAUCGCAAUGUAUAUUUACAUUAUAACAACAGUGAUAGGAGGUCUAUGGUUGUCAUUUUACAUGAAUUCAUUUUCAAUCUUGCCGAUGUGGUUUCUCUUGGAAGUAAGUUGGUAUGAAGAAACUAACUCCUCAAACACAACUCAAACUCUAUUUUUAGUGCUAAUUGUUUAUAAUGGCAUAUUACUAUUAGGAUUGCUACUGUUUUUUUCGUACAUUAAGUAAAUAAUCUCAAGUAUUUAGAGAUAAUAUAUAAUUGAAAUCAGGUAUAAUACAACUAAUGAAAAAAAUGAGACUAGAUAGACUCAAAAGUACAGGUAGGUUGAUAUUCCUUACAAAAUUGUCCAAAUUUCAUCGACCUAUUUUGACAUUAUCCGUAAUUAGAGAAAUGUUAUCACUAUGAAUCAUAGCAAUCAGUCUGUGAUUCAUUAGAAAACAAAAUUAAAGGCAUUUGAAUUUGUUGGAAAGACUGAGCAAUUAUAAUCUCCUGCAGCUGAAAGAGAAUUAGAAUUAAUUAAACAGAUUGAAGAAAAAUGUCAAAUCUGUUUUGAUGUGGAACCUAACAUUGUAUUAUUGCCAUGUCAACAUGGGGGAUUGUGUGAGAAAUGCAUUAUUAAGUGGUUGGAGAAAUAGAAAAAUUGUUAUAUAUGUAGAUAAGUAAGAUGAUUUUUGUAAGUUUAGUAAAUAGAAAAAUACUUAAGAAUUGCGAAAAGCAAUGAGGAUGGGAAGUUUACUAUUCGUGACAUUGCUAUGUGCGAUUGA